AAACCUGCAACAGGAGAGGACAUGCUGCUGUUUCCAGAAAGCUGUGGAGUCAUGAAGGGGUUCCUGUUCCUCCUCUUUGUGCUGACAGACGCUGCCUCCAGGUCCCGCAGCAACUGGUGUGAAGUGGGCUGCGAAUGUCGAGGAGAGCUGAGAUACACCAUCUGCUCUCAGGCACUCUUCCUCCAGCUGCCCAGUAGAGUCCCCCCCAGCACCGAACUCCUCGACCUGUCCAACAACCGCAUCUCCGUCAUCCCCAAUCACUCCUUCAGUAAAAAACGCAAACUGCGAGUCCUGCUGCUGCAGAGAAACAACAUCAGUGUGGUGGAGGAUGGCGCCUUCGCUGAGCUGGAGUUCCUGCAGAAGCUGGACCUGAGCUGGAACCAGCUCUCCACCCUGACUGGAGGCUUCUCCAUCGGCCUGGCUCUCCUGCGGGAGCUGCAGCUCGCUCACAACCGCCUGACAAGCCUGGAUGGCCAGAGCUUCACACACCUGGAUGGUCUCCAGAGGUUAAACCUGACCGGCAAUGCCAUCCACACCAUCCAGGUGAGGCCCUUCUACUCCAUGAGCACCCUGCGGCAGCUCCACCUGGAAGACAACCAGCUGACGUCUCUGAGGAAUGGAAUAUUCUCCAUGUUGCGUUCCCUGGAGAUCCUCAACCUGGCUGGAAAUCGGAUAAGCGAGAUGGAGCUGGGCAUCUUCAAGCCACUCACCAGCAUGACAUUACUCAACCUGGCCAACAACCAGCUGUCCACUCUCCACUACAAGACUUUCCUGAGCAUCCACUCCUACGGCACCCACAUCCUGCUGGAGGGGAACCCCUGGAUCUGCGACUGUGAGCUGCAGAGAGUUUUCCGGAAGCUGCAGAGCAUCCAGAGGAUCUUCCUGGAUGACUAUUACAACCUGACCUGCAAGGCGCCACCCGCCCUCCAUGACUUCCAGCUGAUAGAGGUGGACAACCAGCUGUGCAUCGCUGAGACGGUCACCGUGCUUAUCAUCACCAUCACCGUGAUGAUCACCGUGAUGGCUGCCAUUCUGAUGGGUGAGAGGAAACGGAAGAGGAAGAAGAAGGAGAAGGAGAAGCAUUGGAUGCAGCAGGGAGACAUUUCAGAUGAGUCUGACUACUGAACCAUAAUUCAGUUUCCAUCUGAAUUUUUAUAGCCUCUUUAUUUCCUUGCACUGCUCUUUGACUUUCAGGCAAUAUUUUUA